AUGCUGAAACAAGAAGUACUAGAAUUGAAGAAAGAAUUGGAAUUUUUGCGAGAUCGGCAAAAAGAAGAAGUUGAUCCAGAAGAUUUAAUUCUUUGUAGCAGUAAUGAUAAUGCCAAAAAUAAUGAGGAGCAAAGCGUAAUUAAUGAUAAUUCAUAUGAACAAUAUCUCAAGUCCUUUGUUGCAACGAACUCUCUAAGUCUUAAAAUCAAUGUUUAUACUAUACGGAAACCAUAUUCAGAAUGGACUCUCAAUGCUGUUAGCGAGAUAUUCGAAUUGCCAACUCAUUACAAGGAUAUUUCUAAAUUCACCUGUGGUACCGAUAAACUUGAAGAUGAAAAGUCUCAAAGGUUGUUGUUGCAUCUUAUUGAAGAUUUAAAGAUCCAUCGAUCAACAAUCCGCGGUGAUUCAGAAGCUUAUAAUAGCAAAUUUGUGUUACUAUUUCUUGCGAUGGCAAGUUCCGUGUGUAAUGAGAAGGUUAAAAUAUAUCCUAAAGAAUAUAUCCAAGGGAAAUAUGGCUGUGGACCGGUAGAUUUUUGUAUGAUAUUGGAAAAUAUAAUCAUUAGCGUUUUAGAGGUAAAAAAAGAUGAUUUUAUACAAGAUGAUGAUAUUGUUAUUGAUAAAGCGUAUGGAAUAGUUACUGACAGUAAAUUAUGGUAUUUUUUCGAGUGUUAUAUGAAUGGAGAUAAACCAGAAUAUAAAAUCCAUUCAGAAGAGGGGACUUCGAUUAAUUGGGGUAGCAAUUUUGAGGAAGGGGUUACCGAGGUCUUAGGACAGAUUGUUUGGCUAUUUAAAGAUGCAGAAAAACUAAUAGAAUCAGCAAAACAAAAGAAAUAUGAGAUUAGAAUUAAAAAACUAGAACAAAGUAACAAAGAGAAUAUAAACUUUAAAGAUAAAGUAAUGAAAUUAAGAAAUGAUAUUGAGAAAAUCAAAAAGAAAGAUCAAAUCGUUACUAAUAUACAGAAUGCACUUUCUACAGAAGAGAUUUUGUUUACUUCAUUUGAUAAUACUUCAAAUUCUAAUAAUUCAAAUGAACUUAAUGAUUUCUUAUAUGAGAAAAAUAAGAAAACUGAUUCUCUUUGCAAUAAAAUUUUGGAUAAUGAGACAGAGGAAAAACCAUGUAGUGAUCUGGAAAAAUGGUCUCAACCAAAAUUAUAUGAUAUGAAAACCAUAACAAAUUUGUCACGAUCAGACAAUAUAUCUUCUGAAGUAUCUAAAUUAGAGUAA